CCUGAAGCUCACUGUCCGACUCCCUCAGCGCCCUGUGAGUCCUCCUCUGGCGCUCACCACAGCCUUCACACUGAAGAGAUGCUAUCACUUCUCUGCUGCUCUCUCGUGCUCAUCUUUGCUCAGCAGCCCACCAGUGAUGCUCAGAGGAACGGGCAACAGCCGGCUCCCAGAGGAGGACGGGAGCCGGCCGAAAGGCGGCAGUUCUGCCAGUGGCCUUGCAAGUGUGCUGAGAGGAAGUACUGUGCCCCGGGAGUGAGCUCCGUCCUUGACGGCUGCGGCUGCUGCAAAAGCUGUGCGCGGCAGAUAGGGGAGCGCUGCAAUGAGAGGGAUGUGUGUGACCCACACAAGGGCAUGUACUGUGACUUCUCAGCAGACAAGCCUAGAUAUGAGGUUGGAGUGUGUGCAUACAUGAUGGCGGUUGGCUGCGACCUGAAUGGGCUCCACUAUGAGAACGGGGAAACCUUCCAGCCCAGCCCCCUCUAUAAGUGCACAUGCAUCGCCGGAGCCAUCGGCUGCACGCCUGCUUUCAUCCAGAAGCCUGCUGGCCUGCUGGGCCCCGCGCCGCUGAUGGGCAACAGACCGGCCGGCCUCCGCAACGGCCCAAACCCCGGCAAACACCAGCAGGAGACCACAUACAUGACAGCUUGGAAGAAGAGCUGUCUGGUCCAGACGACCCCCUGGAGCCCCUGCUCCAACACCUGCGGACUGGGCAUCUCCGUCCGCGUCAACAACGACAACGCAAAAUGUGAGAUGAGGAAAGAUCGGCGCCUCUGUCUGCUGCGGCCUUGUGAAAAAAAUCUGCUGAAGAGCAUCAAGGUGCCAAAGGGGAAGACGUGCAGACCAAAGUUCCAGGCGAAGAAGGCAGAGAAACUGCGCCUGUCGGGCUGCACCAGCACCAAGAAGUUCAGACCCACGUACUGUGGUGUUUGCAAGGAUAAACGCUGCUGUGUCCCCAACAAGUCCCACAUGAUCAAAGUGAACUUCACCUGCAAAACGGGCUCCAGCGUUCAGUGGAAGAUGCAAUGGAUCUCGUCCUGCGUGUGCCAGAAGAAGUGCACGGAUCCAGGAGACAUGUUUUCUGACCUGCAGUUACUUUAAAAAGCCCCAGAGACGAUCAGCCCGAAGAAAUUCUACAAGAACGAAAACAAAAGAAAUAAAAAAUGUUUGAAAUCAGUCAUCAAAUGAAGGAAAAAAUGUUAUGUUGAAAGAUUUUAUGAGCUCUGUCUUUAAGACAGGUGUGUGCAAUAGGAGGGAGAGGCAGAUGUAAAGCUGGAACUCCAACAGGAGAUGAAUAAAACUCUGUGGCUUCAUGACUGAACCCAACUGCUUGUUGACCUGAUUUUCAGCUUCCCAGUUUCAACUUCUGAACUUCCUUUACUCUCAAUUUUACUUUCUAUUUAAUGUAAUAUGCAUCUAAAUCUCAGGCAGAAUUUAGUGAAUUUAGCAACAAAAUUUCCUUUUGGGAUAAAAAAAAAGAAGUUCUGAUUCUGAUUCCUCAAACCCAGGAAGAGGUUUAAACGCCUCAUUAAUCAGAUUCAUGAUAUAAAGUGAUAUUUGGAUUUUUUGAACAAUAAUGGUCCUGAUAACCCAUGACUCACUGAAACAAUGUUUCUGUUCUUUUCAGGUGAAACGGUCACAUGUAGAGGCAUUAAAAUGUCUCCAGGUGAUUUAUAAGCUGGCAGGUGGAGUUCAGAUGAGCAAUAUGAGCGACAUUAAACCUUUCAUCAGGCUCUUUAUUUAAGAAAUUAUAGUAAGAAUGUUUUGGGGCAUGUCAUGUAUAGAAAAUGUCUUGCAAUAUCUUGACAUUUGCAUUUGUAAGCUCAACCAAAUAAAUGUUUCAGAUGUCCUUAUAUGAGUGAAGGUUUUGUCAGCUGAUGUGCAUGAAAAAAAUGUAUUUAAAAAAAGAUUAAACUCCUUUUGAAGCAGCUCACAGUGCUUUGAACAUAAUCCUCACAAAGUAUUACAGCAACAGAAAAGAUGUGAAUCCCUGCAGCGUCGUUCAGAAAAAUCCCCACAUUAAACAUGGCAUCCAGAACAGGAGAAAACCAAACAGAGACAUCAUUACCCAGACCAAGUAAAAUUGUAGCUACUGCUUCAUAAUGGAUAUAACUGACAUGACCUGCAAUCGUUCAUCGAGAGAUUUUAGAAGACAUGAAAACCUGGUAACUUCUACUGAGGAAUGGGGAAGUAGCUGUGAAGCAUCAGGCUGGACUUGAGUUUCCACAGAGAUGAACGUUAUCAAAGGGGAACGUUUUAUCGCUUUGGAAUUUUGUAAUAAUACGUAGGCCUAACAUAUUUGCUUUCUCUUUAUACAGUAAAAACAAUAUACAAAACAAUUGGUUUUGCAUGAAUUUGAAAUAUAAAAUUUGGUAGAGAAAAAUACAUCU